AUGUACAGCCGUCAAACAACCCCGCCUACCAACUCUUCCUACUACAUGCCGGGCAGUGUUGGUUCAGAUGUCACAUACUACUCUCAGGGCUCGUCACCUGACCGCCACACUGUUCCCACACCGCCUCGGUCGCCCAUCAGGCAACAUGGCCCUCUUCUCUUGCCCAAGGUCCGCACGCAAGACCAGGUAGCAGAGCCUACCCAGGGCCCCAUCAGACAUCGCCGGACGACGUCUACCUCCAGUGCGAACUAUGCUUACAGCCCAUACUCGCGGCCGGCCUCGAUGGUCCGCCGUGGCUCAAGUCCCUUUAAUCACAACCUCCACAAUGUCCACAGCAACAUGACCUCCCCCGCCUCGGUCUCCUCAUACGACUUCAGCCUCUCCACACUGAACUCGCCCAUCGUCUUCACACCUCAAGAAGGUCGCCGAGCCUCGUCUUACAUGGGCUCGCACUCUCGCUCCGCCUCGGCCAACCGCGCGCGUCAUGCGCGCUCUGGCUCUGCCAGCAGUGUCGACGAGAACGUCAUCAGCCGCUAUGGCUUCCCCACCUACCGCAACCUCCCCAGCUACGUGACUGCUUCAGGCGCACCAUCAUCAAACCUCAGCCUCGUCACUUCGCUUCCCUCUACAAUCUCCACGGUCCAGGAGAUUCCCAGCUACACCGCGACUUGUACUCAAGACUUUGUUGUCCCAGAGUUCGAGCCCGCGCCAGCUGUCCAGUACCCUUCCUUCACAGAUGUAAGCUUUGAUAGCUUCCAGCCUGUCGCGCCAACUUCAUCUCUGCUUGAGUAUCUCUCCUCGUCCAACCCCACUCCUGCUUUGGUACGCCGUGUCACAAGCGCGCCACGAGGCAUCAACAACCACUUCUGGUGGGACAUUCGCAACCUCCGCAGCUGGGAGGACUUCAACAUCUCCACCAUCAAGUCCAUCCCUUCCGUGCUUCCUCUUCUUGAGGUCCCUCUUUCUCCCUCAUACCUCCCGCAGCCAUGCCGCUCCAACAUGCAGCCAGAGAACGAGUCCGCGCUCCAGGAUAUCUGCACAAACUACUACGCCAACAAGGUCAACGCCGCUCUCAAGGUCGCCCAGGGCAACACCCACAUGGUCAUGCGCGCCGUCAAGCCCGUUCCCGGCAUGCGCACCCAGCCCGAGUUCGUCUCCAGCUACCCCUCAGACUACGAGAAGACCAUCUUCGGCGAAGGCCGCAGCCGCGUCGUCGGCCUCGUCAAGUGCUACGACAACUGGAACACCGGCAUGCGUAGCGAGUCGCCCCCCAAGCAAGUCCUCUACCUCCAGGGCCUCGCGCACCUCCACCGCGUCAUGCGCGAGCACGGCUGCCGCUACGGCUUCAUCAUGACCGAGAUCGAGCUGCUCUGCGUGCGCUGCGGCGGCCCGUCUGACGCCGCAUCCAUCGACCCCACCACCGUCAACGCGCAGACCGGCGUGCCCAUCUUCGGGUACCUCGAGACCUCCGCGCCAAUCAGCCUCGCUACCCAGGGCCCCCACCCAGAGACCGGCGACAUCCAACUCACCGCCUCCCUCGCGCUCUGGUAUCUCCACAUGCUGGCCAAGGAGAACCCGUUCGAGGGCAUGGGCACGUGGCGCAUGGACGUCGGUGGUCCCGCGGCGCUGACGCGCCAGAAUCAUCUUGACAAAGAUGCGUGGAUUCCGAAGCCGCAGCUGGGCGAGAAGCGCGAGGCAAAGCGCGUGAGGGGCUGGGUAUUUCCUGACGAGCCGCUGAGUAAGCGCGAGUGUGGGAAGGGGAAGAGGGGAAAGAGCGUUGGAUAG